GCUUGAAGCGCCGGGCUUAAAGUCCUCAGCCAGUCACACAGUGAUCCGACCAGCUGGCUGCGACUUAAGGGUUCUGGGUAGGCCCUGCUGUGGCCUUACUCUACUGUGUGUCCGUAGUUCAUUGUCAAUUAUAGGCCACAAGGACUGAGUCCAGAAAAGUCAUGGGGGAGAGGGGCGAAAGGAGGGUAAUAAAGAAGAGCGUCGUUUAUUUUAAAGGACGGGUUUAUUAAUGAUGGUCACUGUGACAAUUUUGGAGCAUGUAUUCGGGGUCAUCGGCAAUUACAUUUGUUAUCAGUCCGAUGAGGUUUUCAGAGAAGCACAACUUUGCAAAACCAAAUGACAGCCGUGCCCUCCACCUGAUGACCAAGUGUGCCCAGACUGUCAUGGAAGAACUGGAAGACAUAGUGAUUGCCUACGGGCAGAGCGAUGAGUAUAGCUUCGUGUUCAAGCGGAAAAGCAAUUGGUUUAAAAGACGAGCCAGUAAGUUCAUGACGCACGUGGCCUCCCAGUUCGCGUCUAGCUAUGUGUUUUAUUGGCGGGAUUACUUUGAGGACCAGCCCCUUCUGUAUCCCCCAGGCUUCGAUGGAAGAGUGGUGGUGUAUCCUAGCAACCAGACCCUAAAGGACUACCUCAGUUGGCGGCAAGCCGAUUGUCACAUCAACAAUCUCUAUAAUACAGUUUUCUGGGCGCUGAUCCAACAAGCUGGACUGACACCGGCACAGGCCCAGGGGAGGUUACAGGGAACUCUGGCAGCAGACAAGAAUGAGAUUCUGUUUUCUGAAUUCAACAUCAACUACAACAAUGAGCCAGCGAUGUAUAGAAAAGGAACCGUGCUGAUUUGGCAGAAGGUGGGUGAAGUCAUGACAAAAGAAGUUAAGCUGCCAGCAGAAAUGGAAGGGAAGAAGAUGGCGGUGACUCGGACCAGGUCUAAGCCGGUACCCUUGCACUGUGACAUCAUCGGAGAUGCUUUCUGGAAGGAACAUCCUGAGAUCCUGGAUGACGACAGCUGACCCCACGCUCUGCGGUCCUGGCGUGCUGGACCAUGCAAGGCCCCUGCCUCUCCCUGCCUAGGCUGACUGCCCGGAGCAGAGUCAGGAAAGAAACCACGCAAGCCGGAAGGGGAGCAAAGAAGGGAUGGAUGCAGGAAGUGGAUCUUGUGCUACUUAAACAGAAUAGCCUUUUGCAGUGUUGGAACAUGGUUCCUUUGAUUUGUGUGUGUGUGUGUGUGUCUUCCAAAUUGUACUGUUUUUAUGAAGCAGGAACUCUCUCAUGCUUUGCAGAAUGAAUCAUUUUCAGGUUGUGACAUACACCACACAGAAACCUGUCAGCUCAUCUCACCCACAAUGGAAGAGGAACCAGAUUUUAUUCUCAGCUACCGGAGAACGCGGUGACUUUGAAGGCACACCUCUGUCCCACCUGCGCAUCGCUUGCCAUCAUCCAUGACUGCCUGGGCUAAUACCUCCAACAGUGUCUCUAAAUUCAGGGGUCCCAGGGAAAACUUGGGGUGUGCUGGUCUCCCAAGUUGUCAACUUCAGCUGGAGAAGGGGGUGGGUGUGCACGUGUCUUCACAUUCCAUGGACUGAUUUUAGGGAUUGUUAACCUCAUCAUCUUCGUCUCUCUUGGCCACUUUGCAAGACCAUUUAGCUCAUUGUAGGGAAAAAGGUGUGAAGAGGAGAGAAAGAAAAUGUCAGAGUGAGUGAGUGAGUGAGUCUGGGGAGGCACCAAUUAAAUGUUCAUUUC